UCCGUCUGCCCGCCUGCGCGCUCUCUCUCUCUCUCUCUCUGUCGCUUUCUCUCCCUCUCUCAAUCAACGCGGCUACUGCCACGAGAGCCAAGAGUUGCCGUUUCUGCGCACCGAUGCCAAAACGCGCGAGGGGAGUCAGUGCCAAAGGGUCAUUGUAGCGCGCCACUGCUGAGAUGGAAGGACUGUAGGGAAUCCUAAACUAAAGAGCCACCAUUUGAACCCAGAUGAUAUAAUUAUAUCAUUAAAAUUAAAGAAAAGGGAGAGGAGUUAAAUAGGUGACAACAUCCAUCACUGGUGGAGUGCUCCGUAGGCUACUUAAUCUGUCACCGCGGUCGCUGCAGAAGCGGACAGUCCAGGAUUUUUUUCCCUUUCCUUUUCCUUUUUGGUUAAUCUGCAAAAGGUCACUUUACCGGCGCACUCAUUAGCUCAUCGGUCGUCUGCAGACGCUUCCUUGCUAAAACUACACUUUUUUGGCGUCCUUAAUCCAAGUGUUGCUUCCUCCGAGGCGCAGCAGGACACCGUGGACUGAGCGGUCCUCCAUCCUUAUCGCGCUGCUGUCCGACUGGUGAUCUUUCCAAAAACAAAAAGAAAAGAAAAGAAAAAAAAGACGAAUCAAAGUUCCAGCUAAAGACUGUGAAAAGCAGCAGGGGAAUACAAAAGGGAGCGGGAAGUCGGGGACCCGUGAUCCAGAGAGGACCGACACCACGGUCCAAGCCGACUCCAAGUGCCGUUCACCGGGCGAUGCCAGAGUAGAUGCCGGGGCAAUGUCCCGCCGCAAGCAGGUGAACCCGCAGCACUUAUCGUUGACGCACAGGGAGACAAUACAAGCAGAGGCCAAUCAUGACUCAGGGGCAGGAUCUCCAUCUCCUGAGCUGUCCACUCCAAGCCCUCGGAGGAGAGCAUCUGGAGAGCAUGACCUCUUGACCUGCGGCCAGUGCCAGACUAACUUCCCUCUGGGUGAUAUCCUGGUUUUCAUCGAGCACAAGCGCCGUCUGUGCCGGGGGCCCAUUGGCGGACUGGGGUCCUUCUCCAAACCUGGGGAAGCUGGCGGGGUUAUGGGCCUUCCCAUCUCUCCGAGGGCCAGGUCACUGGAGCUGGGAAGAGGGGCUGUUCCGGUGGAAGUGGGCGUCCAGGUGACCCCGGGAGGGGAGGAGGAUCAGGAGAGGAGGCUGACCCCAGCCAAAGGGAUCUGCCCCAAACAAGAGAGAGGAGAAAAAGAUGAGCCAUCCAGCUACAUCUGUACUACGUGUAAGCAGACCUUCACCAGUGCCUGGUUUCUGCUUCAGCACGCCCAGCACACUCAUGGCAUCCGCAUCUACCUGGACAACCACCCAGCCAACUGCUCCCUCACUCCCCGCAUGGCUCUGCCUCCACCUCCAGGAGCUGACGCCUUGCCCCGUUCCCCUCUCCCCACUUUCCUCGGUGAUGCCAACAACCCAUUCCACCUCCUCCGCAUGGCUGCACCCCAGCUCAGGGAUCACCCCCAUCCUCCGGGUUACAUGGAGACGCGACUGCCCGCGACACCGCCCUUUGUUAGCCCACCGCCUCCCCCAAGACCACCUCGUGAGCGGCUGGGCCCAGAGGAAAUGGGGCUGCUGUCACAGCACCCCAGUGCCUUCGAGAGGGUGAUGCGAAUGACCCCCAUGGAGCCCCCGCCCAUGGACUUCUCCCGUCGGCUGAGGGAACUGGCAGGCAACACAACCAACAACGGUGGACCCACGCCUCCUCUCUCACCCAACCGUGUGCCACCCAUGCAUCGUCUCCUGAGUCCCACGCUUUUCCAGCCUGGAUCCCAGCUCCCGGCGUUUCUUACCUAUCCCCCUCAGCCGCCCACCUCUCAGGGGGGACACGGCUCUUCGAGCCCUCCUGACGCACAGGGUCAGAACCAGGCCCCGGGGAAAUCAAAAUCCUGUGAGUUCUGCGGCAAGAUUUUCAAGUUCCAGAGCAACCUGAUCGUCCACAGACGCAGUCACACAGGUGAGAGGCCGUACAAGUGCCAUCUAUGUGAUCACGCCUGCUCCCAGGCCAGCAAGCUUAAAAGGCACAUGAAGACACAUAUGCACAACAAGUCUGGGGCCAUAACCGGCUCACCAGAACAGGGAAAUAGAGGCGAGGGGGGAGAGGGUGAAGAGAAGAAUAGGGAGGGAGAUGCAAGAGGAAUGGGGAUGGACAAUGAGGAGGAGGAGGAAGAAGAGGAAGAAGAAGAGGAGGAGGAAGAGGAAGAGGAGGAAGAACUGCAAAAUGGCAGUCGGCCAGAUUCCAACUUAAGCGAGGACUCCCAAGAGUUCACCCAGAACAGAGAAAAUGGCUCGAGACAGUCUCCCAGUGAGAAGCCCCCGAGCGGGGAUAGAGUAAAUGACAGUGGCGGGGUGGGCAUCAUGCACCCCUACAACCAUCUGGACAAUCACCUUAGACUUAACCCUAACAAGAGAAGCUUGGAGAGACAACCUAACGGCGACGGCGGAGAGGGGGUUGAAGGAGAACGAGAAAGAGAAAAUGGGAGGGAACCUGACAGACAGCGAGAGGAGCAGGAGGACCAGAGGCCUGUGAUGAAUGGCAGAAUCAGUGCAUCUGAAGCAGAGUGCUUUCCCAGGCUGUUCCAGAGGCGGCCCACCCCCAUCACCAGCCCAAGCCCCUCCAACAACAAGAGGAUCAAGAUAGAGAAAGAACAGCUGGAGAUUCCCCCGACCAUACCUCUCAUUUCCCCGGAAAACGUCUACUCUCAGCUGCUGGCUGGCUACGCUGCUUCGCGCCACUUCAUCAGAGAACCUUUCUUGGGAUUCACUGACUCCCGUCAGUCGCCGUUUGCCACCUCCUCGGAGCACUCCUCUUCAGAAACGGGAAGCCUCCGCUUCUCCACCCCACCUGGGGAGCUAAUGGAAGGCGGGAGUGCCUCGGGGCGCAGUGGCAGCAGCACCCCACACCUCCUGCGGGGACCCGGACCUGGCAGGCCUCCAAGCUCCAAAGAGAGGAGGAACGACACCUGUGAGUUCUGCGGCAAGGUGUUCAAGAACUGCAGCAACCUCACGGUGCACCGACGCAGCCACACGGGGGAACGGCCCUACAAGUGUGACCUGUGCAGCUACGCCUGCGCCCAGAGCUCCAAGCUGACGCGCCAUAUGAAGACCCACGGGCAAUAUGGAAAAGAGGUAUACCGUUGCGACAUCUGCCACAUGCCCUUCAGUGUCUACAGCACACUGGAGAAACACAUGAAGAAAUGGCAUGGGGAACACUUGAUGGCCAGCGAGGUCAAAUUGGAGCAAGCGGACAGAAGUUAAGCCAGCAACCAUUAGUUACACAGCAUACAGUGUACCCAAACACUCUCUCUCUCACACACACACACACACACACACACACACACACACACACACACACACACAAAGAAUCCUUAUAACCACUUUUUCUUCUGCAAUGGGGCUUGGCUGGAUAAUCUCUCUAGAAAAUUUUUUGAGAAUGAUUGAUGUUCAUCCUUUUUUCUUUCUUCUUUUUUUUCCUCGUCACAGAAACUGCCACCUGAGAAUAUAAACAAAGGGAAACUUUAAUGAGAACUUGCCUAGAAUGCCUAACUAGGUGUUUCUUGGCAAACUGUCUGAGGAUUUUAUCAGUUAGGAAUCCAUGGAGCCUUUCUACUGUGCAAUAAUUUCUGUAUUUAUUGGAUUUUUGUAAUGAUAUUUGGCAUGUGCAGGUACAUCUUUGUGGGAUUUCAUAUGGAGUUAGUUUUGAAAUGUGCUUAAAAAAAAUAGAAUUUUCUUUACAAAAAUGUGAUAAAAGAAGUCACCCUUAAUACAAAUUUUCAUUCUUUUUUCCUUUAAGGAAGCUUAUUAUCAAGUGAGAAUAAAUUUGUGUGAAGCAGGUAGCUUUUAAAAGUAAGAUAACUAAAUAAAUAAAUAAUUGUUUUCUAUAUUAACUGCAGCAGCGGACUACAAUCCAUUCCCUUCGUACAGGCUCAAAGCACUGAAUGUCAGCCUGACAAUAAAACAAUAUGGCGGAUUUUUAAAAAAGUCCAGCAUUACCUUAGAGAUCUGGUGAGUUCCUAUUAAUUUAUUCAGGGAAUUAUUAUUAUUUUUUGUCCUUUUCAACAUUGGCAUGUGAAUAAUUUGAAAAUGCAGUUACUGUAUUGCUGUCCUUGCUUCACAAAGGACAUAAAUAAAGGUUGCACUUGAUGGAGAAACCCUUAACUGAUGCUCAGUACAUUCCCAGUGUAGGUUAAAACCACCAUAUUUAAUAUGUUGAAUAAAUUGAGACUACUUGUGAUUAAUGUGAGAAGGAGAACAGUCCUGUUUAUGGUUUGUAAAUAUAUUAUUUUUUUUUAUAUAUGUAAAAGUAGCCCUGACUGACCAUGAAAUAUGGCCGAGACUAAACAAUCAGAAGACCAGCUGCUUGCGUCGUCCACAGUAUAUGCUAAAUGUAACUACCAUACAUUAUUGCUUUAUCAGACUGUCCGAGUACCCACGACCCCACCUGAUGUGUGCUUUACUUAAAGGUAAUUUGUUAAUCCAAACCUGCUUCAACACUCUCUAAAUCGUUCUCCAUCUCCCUCUCAUGUCUGGCACGGCGACUCUCUCUGACCCAGGUCGACUUCCUGUGUUCCCCUCACGGCGCACAAAAUGGUUUCAGAUGAAAUUCAUAACAGUCCGUGUAAAGCGUACGUUCUCCUCUCAGCGGCGCGCUCUAAGCCCUUCUCUGUGACGGCGUCUUUUCAAAUCAAAUCAAAUCAAAUCAAAUCACCUUUAUUGUCACAUCACAUGUGCAGGUACACUGGUACAGUACAUGCGAGUGAAAUUCUUCACAGUUCACUAGCUCAGAUUCGUGUAUUAGCGCUGCUUUUAAAGGGAAGCCUGUUCAUUCGCCUCACAAAGUGAUACGGGUUUAACUCUCAGUAACAGAUUUUGAGACAGUGUGCGAGUUCGUGUCUUCUGGGGAUUGGAGUUUUUAUUUUCUGCAUCGUUCAUUCUGAAAUGAAUCUGUAAUAUAUAUAUAUAUAUAUAUAAAGAGAGGCUGAAUGAGUUAUGAUAAUUUUGAGCACAGCUGCACUAAGGGAUGGCCGGCCGACCUUGAGUAGCUCAGAGCAUAAAAUGAAAGAUUGGAACUGAGAAAUGGAGAUGUGAGAGAAAGAAAUGGAGGGAGAGAGAGCAAGACCUUGACCAGGGAGAAUAGUCAUUCAAAUGAAAUUGGGAGCAUAUGAAAAGUGUUUUUUUUUUUCUGUAACCAAAUGCACAUCUACUCGCCACAUCUUAUAACAGACCAUCAGAGUGAGACAGAGUGAGCGUGAGAGGGGAGGGAGACAGCAAAGCCACAUGAAAGGAGAUUGAGAAUACAUCUUUCAUUUUACUACUGCAAAUCUCAAUCAUCAAAAGCAUUGUCACUUGAAGAUUUGACCUCCCAUUUUGGCCUAUUUUCAGGUUUUAUCUGUGCUAUUUUGUUUUUAAAAGAAACUGAACUACGCGGUACCUUGAAUUCAAAGUGCUCUUUUUUUCUUUUAAUGAUUUUCGAAAAGGAAAAAGCUGUCGAGCUCUUCAUAAGCUAUUCACUUACCUGCUAGUUCGACAUAUUUUAUCAAAUCGACUUGAAAAGUGAGACUGCCUGAAGAGCUACUUUCAGUUUGCUUACACGUGUUGACGCACGACUGCAAAAGAAUCAAGGUUCUGUCGAGAACGCACACGUUCCCCCGAAAGCCCAGUUUCAGACUUAGGCCAAAGUGAGUCGUGCAACUGGAAGAGUGGAGCCCUCACAGUGUCCCAAACACACACACACACAUGGACAUUCAGUCUUACAAUAUGUUUACAGUGUUGAAGUAUGCCAUUAAUGAAAUACUCUGUGUAAGUGUUUAAAAAUGAUAAUAAACUAUUGUUUUCCUCCAAUGUUUUCUCAAAUGAUUUGAAUGCCAUAGCAGUUUUUGUAUGAUUAUCCUGGUGGAGGGAUUUUAUCUACAUGAAUAUAUUUCUGUAUGAUUGCUUGUUCACUCUAUGGACAGAUUUUUUGUUUUUUUUGUUUAUUUUUUAAUGUAAUAUUACAGAAUCAUGCCAGGUUAUCUUUUUUUUUUUCUAACAGUGGUGCCAUUAUUGACUUUUGGUAUCUUCAUCUUUUUAAGUAUUUUUUUCACUUGUCUUUGUUUUUUUAAUGAAUUUGCUGUUUUUUGGUGAAGCUAUGCUCCACGGGUGUAAAAUAAAAUGAUUUUCAAAAAUGAGAAAAACGAAUACAGUGGUUUUGUGCAGGAAUACUUUUAUCGAAUCAUUUUAUCAGACAUUCAUGGACUCCUUCUUCUUCUUCUUCUUUUUUUUGGUGUUUAUCCUCAUGGUUGGUUGAAGGUCUUGUGCUAGCACAUUAAAAUGUAAUUUUAAAUACAUUUUCAUAUUUCACUUUUCACAACUUUCACUUACACUCUUUGUACAAAAUAGUUUCCUUGUUCUCUUUUUUUGGGGUGGGGGUGGGGGGAGGGGGGGUGCAUCAUUGUGAAAAAAUAAGUGAUUUCAGAACAGUACACAUCUGCUGUUUUGAACAUAUAUGUAUUUUUGUAAUGUGUUGAAAAAUCAAUACAAGAAAGCCAACACUUCAAUAAAUGUUGCAAUUGCUCUAUGAUUGAAA